AUGUAUGCGUUACAAGGUUACUCCCACUUCAAGCACUUCAAUGUCUCGUCUCCAAGCGAGUUUGUGGCUCAUGUUGAAAUCAACCGGCCUGAAAAACUCAAUGCUUUCUACGAGGCCAUGUGGGUGGAAAUAGGGCAAAUAUUCGACAAGUUAUCCUACGAUCCUGACGUGCGAGCCAUCGUCUUGACGGGCGCUGGCGAACGAGCCUUUACUGCCGGGCUGGACGUGCAGGCGGCGAGUGAAAGCUGGAUCAACAAGCCGCCACCGGUGGAUGGCGCAAGAGUGGCCAACUCUUCACGAAGGCACAUACUCGAGUUCCAAGAAUGUAUCAGCAAGAUUGAAAAGUGCGAAAAGCCAACAAUUGCUGUGCUCCACGGCAUCUCGCUUGGCCUGGCCAUCGACAUGUCAUCGUGUUGCGAUAUCAGAAUCUGCUCCAAGGAUGUCAAGCUGGCCGUCAAGGAAGUCGAUAUUGGCCUGGCUGCUGAUAUUGGCACCCUUAGCAGAUUGCCAAAGAUUGUUGGCAGUCUCUCUUGGGUCAAGGAGCUUGCAUUGUCCGCAAGAAUCUUUGGCGCUGAGGAGGCCCUCGCAUUUGGCUUCGUGAGCCAGGUACACGAGAACAAGGCCAAGACGGUCGAGGCGGCCUUCAACUUGGCUGGCCUCAUUGCCACCAAGAGCCCUGUUGCCGUACAAGGAACCAAGGAAUUGGUCAACCACGCCAGGGACAAUACCAUUGCAGACAGUCUCAAGUACACAGCCGUCUGGAACUCUGCCAUGCUUCAAGCAAAGGAUGUCCAGGACGCUUUGCUAUCCGGACUGAAGAAGACCAAGCCGCGGUUCGAGAAGUUGUAG